AUGAAUAUUCAUACAUCUAAUAUAAUAUAUGUUGGUAAUAUUCAAUCAAUUGAUGAUAAUACAUUACGUGAAUAUUUUCAACGUUUUGGAGAAAUUGAAGCAUUAUUUCAUAAUU